UUGUCAGGUGAUAAAUGAUAGUUGUGGAGGAUACAAAGAGCUCUGUGCGCAGAGACAUCACCACCGAGGGAUGAUGGAGAGAAAAGGAGAGAGAUGGUACAGUACUGAGGGCGGGGUUUUCCUCCAACAUGAUGCCAACCCAAAUAAAACUGGCUUGUUGCAGCCGGCGCAUGUACUGUAGACCCCACAUAAGAGGGAGGGAUAGAGGAGAGGAUGAGGAGCGGCUCGGAUCUCUUCUUUUUUCUUCCACCUUUCCUCUGAAACCCUGAUGCUGUUGCUUUAAGCUGCUGCUGUUUGUGUGGGUUUUUUUGUUUUUUUUUUCUCCCCUAUCUUUCAUAUUUUCAUUUCCUUUUCGCAUUGACUGUGUGUUAUCUGUCAUCCGUGGGUUGAUCUGACACCAUCUGGAGACAUGUCGGACUCAGAGGAUAUGACGGAGUUCGCCAGCAUCGUGGAGCGGAUCGAGCGAGGCGAGGUCCCAAUAAAGAACAUAGAGAGGGAGCUGAUCUGCCCCAUCUGUAAGGAGCUCUUCACCCACCCCCUGAUCCUGCCCUGCCAGCACAGCGUCUGCCACAAAUGUGUCAGAGACCUGCUGCUGCAAAACCACGAGGACUCGUUCGACGCCGGGUCCGAAUGCUCCCUCCCGGGUAGCCCCAGAUCCAGGGUGCCCUCCCCCUCCAUGGAGAGGCUCGACAGACUUGUGAGAUCAGGUGGGUCUCGGGCCACAGUGCGAAGGUCGUUUGGAAGUCGAGGUAGACGCGGGCUCCGUGUAUUGAGUAGCUGUAGUAGCUCGAUUUCAUCCCCGGGGUGGCGCAGAGGAUCUGUGACUCCCCGGGUCACGACCAUCCCAUGCCCGGGCUGUCAGCACGACAUCGACCUGGGCGAGCGGGGCAUCAGUAUGUUAUUUCGCAACUUCACGCUGGAAAGCAUCGUGGAACGCUACCGCCAGGCCGCCCGUGCAGCCGUGGCCAUCAUGUGUAACAUCUGUAAGCCCCCGCAGCUGCAGGAGGCCACCAAGAGCUGUAUGGACUGCAAAGCCAGCUAUUGUAACGAGUGCUUCAAGCUCCACCACCCAUGGGGGACGCCCAAAGCCCAGCAUGAGUAUGUGGGCCCCACGACAAACUUUAGGCCUAAGGUGCUCAUGUGUCCGGAGCAUGAGAUGGAGAAAGUGAACAUGUACUGUGAAGUCUGCAGGCGACCUGUGUGUCACCUCUGCAAACUGGGAGGAUCCCACGCCAAUCACAAAGUCACCUCCAUGAGCAGUGCCUAUAAGAUCCUCAAGGAAAAGCUGGCCAAGAGUAUCCAUUACCUCAUCAGUAAAGAGGACCAGGUCAGGACUCAGAUUACGGAGCUUGAGCUGCUCAUCAAUCAGACCGAGGAAAAUGGACAGCUGGCAGAGCGUCGAGCAAAUGAGCACUUUGAGCGUCUGUUUGAGACCCUCCAGGAGAGGAAAUCGGAGAUGCUGAGGUCCAUCGAGCAGUCUCGCAACCGGCGUCUGAACCAACUCAAGGGCCAGGUGGAGGAGUACCAGGGCAUGCUGGAGAACAGUGGUCUGGUGGGAUACGCUCAGGAGGUGCUGAAGGAAACAGACCAAUCCUGCUUCGUACAGACCGCAAAACAACUGCACAUCAGGAUUCAGAAGGCCACGGAGUCUCUGCGGACCUUCCAUCCUGCAGCUGACCCAUGUUUUGAUGAGUUUGUGCUGGACACAUCCAGAGAGGAGACUCUGCUCAAAGAGAUGUGCUUUGGAGGAGUCCCAGACCCUCCUCUGAUUGACCUGACCAAUAGCAAAGUCUACAAUGAGGCGUCGAUCCACUGGAGGUUGUCCGAUGACCACCUUCCUACAGAUCACCAUGUGCUUGAAUACCGCAGACUGGGAGGCCCAAGCCAGUCCCCGUCACAGGAGGAUGGCGAGGACAGUGGGGUCUGGAGGGCCACAGACAGAGUGUACGGCCCCAGUACAAUGGUGUGUGAUCUGGAGCCCGACACCCUCUACUCCUUCAGGGUCCGAAGCUGCAGGAACUCCAUGUUCAGCCCCUACAGCCCCGAGGUCACCUUCCAUACACCACCUGCACCGGCGUUUGGUUUCCUGUUCAGCGACAAGUGUGGUUUCAGCACAGAACGCCUCAUACUGAACAAGCGACGCGACACCGUGGAGAGCGUCGCCGGCAUGGCCUUCCUCCUUGCAGCAGAACGUGUGCAGACAGGCAGCUACAUUGGACUAGACUACAUAAUUGGUGAUACAGGAAUCUCUCAGGGAAGACACUACUGGGCCUUUAAGGUGGAACCGCACUCCUAUAUGGUUAAAGUUGGAGUGGCGUCCGACUCGAAGCUUCUUGAAUGGUUUCACAAUCCUAGAGAUACCAGCAGUCCAAGGUAUGACCAUGACAGUGGACAUGACAGCGGCAGUGAGGACACAUGCUAUGAGCUCUCCCAGCCCUUCACCCUCCUCACCCUGGGAAUGGGAAAACUCUUCAUCCCUAAGGCUUCUUCCUCAUCCUCCGUUUCCUCCGCAAGCGCACCAGCUGGAGACCCCGGCAACCGCGUGCUUCCCAUGCCACACCGCCUGGGUGUAUGCCUGGAUUAUGACGCGUGUCGGGUGUAUUUUUACGACGCAGACUCCAUGAGGUGCCUUUAUGAGAGGCAGGUGGAUUGUUCGGGAACUAUGUAUCCAGCUUUCGGCCUCAUGGGCAGUGGCAAAGUUCAGCUGGAAGAGUUCAUCACUGCUAAGAGACUGACCUUCUGAGAUGGAGGGAUGGACGGACAGAUGGAUGGAUGGAUGCGUUAGGACCUGAAUCUAUUUAAUCUCCUUUGCAUGUUCUGGAAAGAGAAGGUUUUAUUAACAGGGUGAUGGGGUCCAAACCAUUUUUCUGGUCAGAUGAGGCAGAUGUGAGCUUUGGUCCUGAAUGUGUAAAUGCGAUUUUUGAGGCAGGCCUAUCUAUACUCUUUGAUCCACUUACAAGCGUAUGACACCGACGCUUGGUGUUCUCUUUAAUGCUAUCAGUGGAGUUAGUAUGGAGGUGAAAGGCCUUCUCUACACACCAAAGUCCCUGUAUCUGCUAAUUGUAUUUGACCUGCUUUUAAUUAUCGGCUAAGAUUAGCUAUUACUGUGGUGGAGUUGGCUGCAAAGUAUGUAUGCAGUGUAUUUAAAUCCUUCUUUUAACAUGAAACGCCUUCGAGCUGACACAUAACUUCCUCUUUUGCCAGGUUUCUUUAUAAAUUCUGAGUGUAAUUUUUAGUCACAUUAUUGGGUAAAUCUUAAUCAUUUGGCUGUUUCUAUACCUAAUGUAGCAGCAUACUUUUAGAUGUAAUCUUAGUGGACCUGACAGAGCCUUGAAACUACUUUGAUGCUAGCACCUUGGUGCCUUUGUUUAUUUUUUAGGAAAGGGGUCUCUUAGUUUGCUCUAUAAAGCAGAUAUUGGUGUGUCAUUGCACAAGUGUAUCAGCGUUAAUACUGUAUGUGAGGUCUUAAUGUAGGCAUAGUUUGAUCACAGACACUGGUGUCAAAAGUUUAACUGGUAUUGGUAUUCAUUAUGACUUGAUAUUUACUCUUAAUCAUAGUUUUAAACACUACUUUUCCUCUUUGUCACUGUUCUGUUCAGCUGUUUUGCACAAUAUGAAUGAAGCCUCGCACAUGAAAAAACUUUACAAUCAUCAGAUCACUACCUACUUUGCUUGUUCACUUAAAUUUUGUAGACAUUAUUAGCACAUUGAUGUCUCACCGUGAUGUUCACAGUUGCAGAAGCUUUCACUCUUUUAUUAACAUAGAUCUGAGUCCUGGAUAUCGAGGCCUCUCACUGUUUGCACUCUCACAGCUGUUGCACAGCACUGAAUGUGACUUCUAACAUCAUAAAAUUGUCCAGGUACACAGAUGCUGUGUACUUUUAGUCAACAUUAGUUUGCCAGCUGCAAGUCACUAAUAGCCAAAGUCUUUUGGUUCUGGUGCUGAUUUUAGUGCAACACAGUUGCUGCCUAGUGGCCUAGCAGACUUUAAACACAGUUUUAAAACAGACACAGGUAUUCAGGUUUUUACAUCUAAGUGCUAUCACAAAACACUGUUGAGUACCUUUGCUCUUAAAACCACUGUUAACUUGCAGUUAAGACGUGAAGUGUAGCAUAUCAGUAUAUCACUUAUGAGUUUGGCUUUCAAAGAUGGACACCUGAGUGUUUGAUUGGCUCUGAUUAAAUCGGUUUAGAUACUUAGGUCUCAAGAGCACAUUAGAUGGACUGUUUGCUAAGCAACUACUUUGGUUUUUGUAUAGAUAUGAACUGUAUAUGUGCCUGCACAUGGGUUUGUUUGUACAUUCAUGCAUAUUUUGAUUUCUGGAGGCUUAGGUUAAUCGGUGUGUUUGUGGCCCUGACCGGGGCCCAGUGUUACCUACCUCUAUCUGUCAGGCCUGGAAAACCUUAACUACUGUACCUUUCCUCACAGAAAUAGGUUUGAUUUGAUUUGCAGUUGUACUCAUUGACAUUCAGUUUAAUAUCUCUGCCUUUUGUCAGAUAAUAAGCUGAUCUUUGGAAAUAUUUUGUUUCAUGGCUUCCAUGUACAUAUUAAUCUAGAGUAUAUACUUUUCAGUGAAAUGAGAACAUUUGAAAUGUUUAUGUUAUUAGUUGGUGUUUGCUUGUGGAAAUGGUGUGUAUCACUAUCUGUUUGAUUAACUAUAAGCAGAUGUUUCCCUGUUCAGCUGACUGAAGGGAGUGUUUUUAACAUUAUACUAACAACUCUCUUCAUCUGUAUGGUGUUGGUUUGAUCAGUUUCAAUGUUUGGAAAUUUUCAUGUUUGAAAUGUCUUAUUUUGAUUUAAUAAAUCAUGGUUGUACGUAUAUUUAGUUGAAUGAUACUUUAUUUAAUCUCAAAAUACUGGACAGUUUGCAUAUUUGGUCUCCUUAAUCUAGAUGUAAGUUAUUUUCCCUCCAAUCCUCACCAAUGGAAAUCCUGAAUCUGUGUUUCAGACAUAACUGUUUCACUCCUUUAAAGCAGUUCUAUGCAUUUACAACUAGGCAGACCAGGUCAAUGGUUUUACUUUUACCACAGAAUGUAUUCAUUUUUUAAUUAAAGAA